CGGCCUUCUAUACAGACACUCAUUUCAACUCCCAUCCAUGUCCUCCGUCACGUCAGUCAGUCAAGUCACAGCUACAGCUACGCUACAUCUGAGGUAUUCUCCUCUUCCUGAUGUAGUUGGACGCCAGCUCCUCCCCGGCUAUAUCGACCACCACCUUCUCAAGCCACCGGUGCUCACGACGGUCACGCGCCUCCUGCAGACCAGACCAGACACACAGUCAGACAGAGACACGUACUUACAUGUGAGAGGGAAUGCCGAGGGAGGGGCUUCUGCCCACCUUUCUGUGUUCAAAGACGGUCUCGUCCAUCUUGCGCAUGGCCUCCUUGAUGCGCUCCUUCCUGCUCGCACACACAGGACAAACAAACAUGUGGUGGCGUCCGUGUUCCACGUCACGUGGCACUCACUGUGCUUGUGAGCAGUUCAUGCAUACAUCACGACUUACUUGAAUUCCCGGAUGUACCACUUCUUGGGCCCGAGUGGCUGUCUGUCGUGGUAGUUGAGCGUCCCCUCGUAGAACCGCUUGUCCCACAUCCACGGCAAACCUUAUAUAUCGUGACGCACACACACAAGCAAAGGAGCCGUGUCAACGAAUACGCCUGUCUGCUCAUCAGCCAGCCGUGCGUUCCUUCGCCCAGACAGCCCAGCCCGCCCACCGUUGAUCUGGUACUGCUUCUUGACGUCUGCCUGGUACCGACCGGACAGCCUGCGUGGGCAAUGAAUGCAUCACAGCAGCGAUCGAUGAGUGACACCCUCGCUUCAAAACACUGUAUCUGUCCCUCUGAUUGCAUCUUCCAUCCGCGUACUUGGGUGGGUGCCACUCGCCCAGUUCGUCCUUGUAGGGCAUGAAGUCCCGCGGGAUGUCGUAGCGCCGCAAACUGCCCCUCACAUGACACUUGCGAGGAUCCCACUUGUCCCAAUUCCUGUCAGACAACCAACAACGACCAAAAAGCAGCAGACAAUGAAUGCAGUGAGCCGCCCGGUGUGGUUGCCACACCACACCCAUCAAAUCAAGCAUCCGUCCACACCUACCUAGAGGGCCAUAUGUCGAGGUGGUAGUGUUGGUUCUUGUUGAGCUCCAGGUAGGGGUUGAAUGUGCUGUGGAUGCGGAUGCCGUCUAUCAUGUUCUCCUGGUACUCCCGACGGGGCGUCCCGCGACACUCAGACAUGUAACGCGGCUUCUUCCGCUGCUUCAGCAACUCAAAACGAGACUCCCAAGGCAGAUCACGCACAGCACGGUCCUGCAGGUCAGCGAGCACCACACACAAAGCACCCAGUGGUAUGUGCAGAUCUACCUUGUCUUGGAAGACCAGCGUGAUCGUGUGUGUUUCGUACCACUGCGCCAGUGGUGGUGGCGGAUGUGGGCGGCAGCAGCUCCACAGGAUGGUUGGUCUUCUGCUUCGGCACCCUGAAGCCCCAAUAGGACCGACCAGAGAGGCACACUCCCGGUGAUGCAAACAGCGACUCUGUGCUCCGCCGGCUGCCGGCAGAGAGAGCCGCAUCGCUGCUGAUGCGAAGCAUCUCCCUUGUUU